AUGGCGAAGAAUGUGGCUCUGAGAAGGAGGCAGGAGUUGGACAAGUUAAAAAUGAAGGAAAUGCUCGAGUCACAAAAAGUUAAAAGAGAUUCUUCAAUGGAGUCUCCUAGUUUCAACGACAGCAAAUCGAAUUCGGAUGUUGACAUGGAGAUGCCCGCCCUCACAAACUGUGUGCAAGAGGAGGAGGAAAGAACGAGCAGUCACAUCAGUGCUCUGGCUCUCAUCAUUUUAAACUUCUACAACAACGAUCCGAAAAUUGCCAUGAAUAGUAUAAAAAAAGUGGCUUUGGAACUAAGUUCGUUGGUCAAUCAGGAAUCAUGUACAGCCGUAGAUCAGGAGAGGAGAAGCAAUUUGAAGGAUAACGAGUCGGUGAAGAAUGAUCUCAUAUCGUCUUCAGUGUCGGAAGAAAAUCUUUCAAAUAAAAAAUCGAAACUGACAUCAUCGCCCUCGUCAUCAUCGACGUCAUUUCCUCUAUCGUCCCCCAUAUAUUCAUUCAACCCUUUCACUUUGCGUGCAUUCAAACCAAUUACACCCCACAAUCAUGAAAAACCUCGAAACAACAUGCACAGAUGUGCAGCAAGUUUUGCUUCGAAGAAAGACGAUAAGGUAGGAGUGGAGCUCACAUCUGAUGAAACAACUGAAAAUUUAAAAUCAAAAACUGAAGAAGUCGACAAUAUCAACAGUUCCCCUUUUUCAAUCAGAAACUUGACAUCUAACAGCAAAGCAGGGUCCAUUUCAAAUGAUUGCCAAUACGAACAGAACUACUUUCUGACGCACGAGAAGAGUAAUGAAAUAAGCAGAGCCGUGCAAAGAUUGCAGCAUUUUAAUAUGACGCCACAGUUCAACAAUCUAACCGGCCAGCGAAUCAUGAAUCCAUACAUUUUCAAUCAUGCCUAUCACAAUCUUCCUGCUUUUCUGCCCUUCCAGCAUACUUUGCAUGGAUUCCAACAUUCGUUUUGGAGUAAAAAUUGGAAUAAGAGGGAUAACUUGAACACGCUAGGUUGUGUUCAAUCCGGUUCACCACAGAGUCGCCCUAGUCUUGAGUCUAAUAAUUUUUUAAUAAAAUUUAGUGGAACUUGA